ACGAGUCCAUCCCGGAGACCUCCAUCCCCGUGGUGGUGCGGCCGCGGCCGCGGCUGCGGCGCCUCACCAAGUGCAAGGACUCGUGCUGCUCGGAGCCGGCCAGGAAGAUCUACUUCGGCGUGUGCAUCACCAUCUGCAUGACGGCGUCAUGGGUGGGCGCGACGCACAGCAUCAAGCUGCUGUACCUGCGCCACCCGCUGGCCGGCUUCGGCUUCUACACGGACCAGCUGUUCCCCGCCUCGCGGCCCGGCCUGGACGACGUGCUGUCCCCCCAGACCGCGCACCCCCUGGGCGUGCACCGGCACCCGCACAGCAACGCCAGCACCACCGCCAUCCACCACUACCUGCUGCGCGCCUCGUACAACGCCCCGUUCUUCACCACCUGGUUCAUCACCAACUUCACCAUCCUCUUUUUCCCGCUGUACCUGGUGUGCCGGCUGCUGACGGCGCGCUGCGUGUCCUGGGGGGAGGUCCUCGGCGAGUGCGUGCGCGGCUUCCGGGACAAGGGCUUCACGCCAGCGCGCUUCCUCACGCGCUGCAUGCUGUUCUGCCUGCUGUGGGUCGGCACCAACUACAUGUACAUCCACUCGCUGCGCAUCCUGCUGGCCACGGACGUGAUGGCGCUGUACGCCACCAACGUGUCCUGCGUCUACCUGCUGUCCUGGGUCAUCCUGCACGAGCAGUUCGUCGGCGUCAGGAUCGUGGCCGUCAUCCUGUGCGACACGGGCAUCGCGCUGCUCGCCUACAUGGACGGCAUCACCGGCAGCCCCACGCUGGGCGGGGUGGUGCUCGCCGCCUGCGCGGGGGCGGGCUCGGCCGUGUACAAGGUGCUGUUCAGGAAGGUGAUUGGCGACGCGAGCUACGGGCAGGUGUCGCUGUUCUUCUCGCUCAUCGGACUGCUCAACGCCUCCAUCCUCUGGCCGCUGGUCCUGGCCUUGUACCUGACGGGGGCGGAGACCUUCAACUGGGACCAGCUGCCCUGGGUGGCCUUGAUGGCCUCCAGCGGGCUGUCCCUUGUGGCCAACCUGCUGGGCAACUUCGGGGUGGCCAUCACCUACGACCUGUUCAUCACGCUGGGCCUCAUCACCUCCGUGCCGGUGUCGGCUGCCCUCGACGUGGUGCUGUACGGCGCCCACUUCGCCGGCAUGAAGCUGGCCGGGAUGAUCCUGAUCGCCGUGGGCUUCUUCCUGGUCAUGCUGCCGGACAACUGGCCGGACUACAUUACAAGACUUCUGAGAAAUAUCAUCUUAUUGAGUCACAGUGCUAGGUGGAGUCGGCGCAGUCGGCACGGACUUCCCGGAGGCCAGCAGCGGACCGUGGUGGACUACCGCACCGGCUACAUCCGCAGCCACCUGAGGUCGCCGUCGGGGAGGGUCCGGUGACCGGAGGAGGCCCAGGGCAGCCUGCAAGACAGCCUGCAAGGCCUGCUGGGCCCGGACUCACCCCGCAUGGCCUUCGUCGAAGACUGACCGCGCACCGACUUAGAGGCUUAGAGCUGCACACCGGACAAACAGUGUGUGUCGACCACGAGAGUGAAUGUAGGGCCAGGGCCACUAGAAUAGAAUCUUUCAUUUUGUACAUGUUUUCAUGCGUGCGUGUGUGAGAGAGUGCGUGUGUACGCGAGAGACAAAGAGACCGUUUUUGGGAGAAAUACGUGAAAAUAUUUAGAGCUGCGUCUCUUACCAUAACUUAAACCAAAAACUACUGUUAAAUACGUUUUGUCUUGUUUUUGUAAAAAAAAAGUUGUUUCUAAAAUUUGUAAGACCACUUAUGGUCGAGUACUUAUGACAAAUAAUAUGUCGUUCUCCCACUGACGCGCCAAAAUGAUAUGCUGUCUUUUACACAGCGACACGAAGUGCAUGAACCAUCAUUUUCAUCACCAUUUUUGUCCCCACUGAAGCCCUUUGUGAUCCCCUUACCCCAUCAUUGUCUGCAUGCCUAAUUUGUAUUGUUUGUGACUGAUACUAGUCCUGUACUCUCAUCUUCGAAUAAAACUAUUAACACAGAA